CACCGUUUUGAUUCACAACCGGACCAAGAAGGCCGUGCGGCUUCGUCCCUGUGAUUUAGAUUAAAGCAGGGACCUGCUUCUCGUCGUGCACGGUACAACGGGAAGUGUGUGGCGGAAGAUAAAAACUGUGGAAAAAGAACAAGCACCAGCACUGCAACUGGUACCAGGAUGGGGUGUGGCGUCAGCUCCAGCCAAAAGCCGGGCGACCUGCAGGUGCAGCAGUUGCGACGCCGACUAACGGUCGCACAGCUCGAUAAGGUAGACGGACAGGAAAAUGGCAAUGAGGAUGGCGCAGACGUCGAACGCGGUCUCUUGCAAAAGAUAUCGGAUAAGAGUACUACAAUUUAUCUCAAUCCAUUAUUUGCUAGCAAACAAAGACCACGAACAAGAUGGUGGUAGUUUAUUCACCGAGCUGCACUAUGAAUGCGCGAAUGCACGUAUGCUCGGCAGCGUGCAUUGAUAAUUACCUAGCGCGUGUUUUAUUUCAUUCGGGCAGCAUCCAUUGUAAUCAAUCCAACUCCGAGGUAUCUUGGAAAUCGCCGAUGAAUUGAGCAAAGUGCUAGACAAUGCGGACAGCACAGAGUCACCGACAAAAAGUGCAAGCGGAAAGACACCGAAGAGGAGAGUCAGCAUAGGUACUAAAUCAAUGAUGAACGGACGAUCUUUUUUGAAGCAUCAGAGCGAAGACAAACUGGUUUUGCUGGGGAAUGCAGCCGGUAGAGGUCCGCGCGCAGAUGCCAUAUUACGGAUUUUUCGAAAGGAUGAACUAUAGGGAGAUGAAAAGCAACUACUGUGGUCACGACAGGCUCUGAGACAGACAAGAACGCCAACAAGCGACAGAGCUUCAAGAAGAAGGACGAGUACAGGAUAGGAGACGACCUCGGCGAAGAAGAGAUUCGUAUCGGAUACUCGUGCAGGAAAGGUUUGAAACCCGAGUCACCCAAUCAGGAUAGCUGGUUUGUCUUGCUGGUAUAACUUCAUAUAGUCGAUUUUUUGUUUUAGGAUCGUCCCCUGCCGCGCCGGGGGUGUACAUAUUGGCUGUCGUUCCUGCCGCACCAACAUCUACGGAUGAAAAAAGAGCGUGAGGGACGGUCUGCGUGCUUCCUUAUCGCGGUAGACAAAGAAUUUGGUAGUUGCUGUGGAUUUUGUAAAAAAGAAUUCUGAAAAACAUAAAUCCCCAGCAAGAAAACGAACUUGGGAUAUACGGCGUUUUCGACGGCCAUGGCGCUAAGGGGCACGAUGUGAGCAAUCUGGUGAAGUUGUACCUUCCCAAGCUCAUCCUGACCAGCGAAAAGUUUUCGGAAGCACCGGAGAGUGUGAUGGUAAGUUGCUUCCAUCGCAUGCAGAACCUCAUCCAGGCCCACGACCGCAAGGGCCUCCUGAACGCCCAGCUCUCAGGGUGCACGUGCACCAUCGUCGUUCACGACAUGCGCGAGGACCGCCUCGUCGUUGCGCAUGUGGGCGACUCGAGGGCAGUAUUGGUCCGGAAAGAAGACGGGGGCGACAGGUCUUCAGUUCUUAUCAUUUGUUUUGCAUGUCGUGCACGGUGCGGUUGUAACGAUCUACUUUUGGCUUGUCACCUGCGGGUUCUUGGUUCAUCUAAUUACUCUGUGCGCUGGAUCUGAUGCACCAUCGGUAUCGGAUAUCAUUGACUUUGAUGAUUUAUGACAGGGUAAUCGCUGAGGACUUGACCCGUGACCACAAACCCGACCUGAAGGAAGAACGAGCCUACAUUGAGCGCAAUGGUAUGAUGAAAGAAGUUUUUACUGCUUUCAUCUUGAGUCGGUCGGGUGCCUCGUGCGUAUGUACUUAGUAGAAUACUUCUUCGCAAGUCAAACGAUGAAGAAUGCAUCCUCCGCGGCGCUCAGAUACUUUAUACAUAGAAUUUCACUGCAUUAUCGAUCUGCAGGUGGUAGGGUAGCGUUUGACGGGUUCGCAAACCAUCGUGUGUAUGUGAAGAACGGAACCUACCCGGGUCUCAACAUGUCCCGCGCCCUCGGGGAUCUCCUCGGGAGCACCAACGCGGGAAUUAACAACACUCCCGAGGUGCGGGUGAUCGACCUGCCCAGGAAGACGGGGGGUGCCCCCAAUGGUUCAGCACUUUCUGCCGACGGCACCAGGGCCAUUCUCCUGAUCUGCUCCGACGGCGUUUGGGAAUUCGUCUCCUCAAAUCAAGCAAAAGACUUCGUAUUUUACUUUCUUCUGUGAAAAAUCUCGCGUGGGCGUGGUCUAGUACUAAUGGUUUGAUGUUCGACAGGAAUAGAACUACACGUACACGUCUUCACGACGGACAACGUUUGAUCACAAUCUAACAGGCGAUGCGGUUUGACGCAAGGCGUGCAAAGGAUGCAGCCGAAACGCUGGCCAAGGAGUCUUGGGAUCGCUGGAUACAUGAGUUAUCGUGGAAGGCUUGAGGGCAGGAGAAACUGUUGUCUGGCCUUAAUUGCUUUCUCUGAAAUGCAUGCUCUAGACUUGGACUACUUUUGCAACGAAUUUUGAAAUGACAAGUCUCCUUCUGCUAGGCAUUGCCUACGCAGUAGGAUCGGAACUCGAACUUGUUUUUUUCACAGCUUCAGAAAAGAGUGUCAGUUUCGGCAGAGCAAGUGUCAGCCAAAUUUGACUUGCUCUCAAAUUUUCCCAGAAUACGAAGAGGGUGGCUGCGUGGUGGAUGACAUCUAUCCUGUCGAAAAGCGACGAUCCCACCCCAGACUUGUCAUGCAGAUUUGCAUGCCCAGCAGCACGCGUCGUCUGACCCCCGAUGGCAGUAUAGUAAUUUUCUAGCCGCUUUUCCUCGAGAUUUGUCAUGCUCUAUUCAGCAUAAGAAAGUGCGGCAUGUGUGUAUGAUGCGGCUGAACUACCUCGGAACGACUGCCGUGCAGGUCCAAGUCAAACUUGUGUUAAAGUCACAUAGUCUGUUUCUGCAGAGCCAAAUACCUUGUCAUGCAGCGAAGUUUCUGCAUUUGUUUUGUUUAGCUGAUUUUUAAACAUCUUUGCGGUGGAGUGGGUACGAUUUCCGUCGCGAUAACAUUACCACAUUGGUCAUCUACAUCUGAGGAAUCUGAGGAUUGUUGGAACAACAGUCACUUGUAGGCCUUUCUAGUUACAAAUUCAAAUCCGAUAAGAGAAGUAUUCGACAAUUUCUGCUUUUUGAAACGAAUAGGGCAGGCAACACACCAGCCGCAAGUGCCGCAAGUCUUCGCGCUUUGUAUGAAUAUAACAAUGACGACCCGAGCGAGGCUUCUCCGUACUAUGCCAUCUUUAUCUGUGUUGCCUCCUCCUUGUCGUUUACGAUUGCCGACUGCGUAUGAUUAAAUCAGUUUGCAUCUAAAUUUUCCCGCCUUCGCUUUACAACACUGAGCGCAUCGGCCGCCAUCAAUCUGAUGUCUGUGUGCGCGCGAGAGGGAAGAAGGCAAAGGUUGCAGCUUCUUUCUUCGCAAGUGCUCUGAGUCUGAUGGUUGGCUUGGUGUGGUCAGUAUCACCGAUGGGUAGUACUCAUGCAGUAAUGACCUUUGAUAAUGAUCGAAUUUUUUAGAACCUCACUGUAUUGCCACGGUGCCAGCUUCCUAUUCCUUGCAAUUGCGGCGUCCCUUACUCGCUUCUUUGCUUCUGCUUCAUCCGAGAGCGGGGGAACAAAAUCACUGUGCUUGGCAAACUAGUACAUCCGUGCUUGUAAAGCUACCAUCACUUCUUGUUGUAAGCUAAGUCUAAGUUUCAAGUUUCGUUUCCUACUGUAUCUUGCAGAAUGAAGAUUUGAUCUAUGUUUCUUUUGCUUGGAAAAUUAAUGUCAGUGACUCUGUUUCUUAACCGCGGGGAGUGAGAGGGAAGGUUUCAACUACACUCCACCGGCCACAAACUACGUCAUGCUUCUACAGAUAUUCAAAAGUGCAACGAACCUGUCCGCGACAGCAUUCCUCUACACUCUUGUUAUUUGAUGUCCUAAAACGUACGCCAAGAUAAUUUUUUAGCUUUGAAAACGGACUCCGGGCCAAACGCAAGUCAGUAUUGCAGGACAGGAGCACCGACACCCACCCCAUAUAUAUAAUUUAGCGGCUAGUUUUUUCACUACCACUACAAGCGCCGAGGCCCAGUAGAAGAUUGAUCCAUAUGAACUACAUGUGGAAACCCGCCCCCGAAGAUAUGCUUACCGCAUAAUCGCUUUCUGCGGUGCGUCUUGUAAAGUCCAGGCCAAAACGAAAACAAGUCUUGGGGUGGACGUGGGUCGGCCGUUUCUCAUGAUUGCAAAAAAGGUUUUGCGGCCCGAAACAAAUCGACUAUAGCACAAAUGAAUGUACACUACGUUGAAAAAUGUACUGCCACUCACUCGUUGGAAAAUUCACUCAAACAACAAAUUCGAACGAGGUGCCCACGAAGAACAAGCUAGCGGCGCCGCAUAUUGA